AUGCCAAAACCAAAGGGCUCAACAUCUGAGAUUAAAAAAGCUUUGUCGUCUGGACUUAAGUGGUCCUUUUCUCCUGGGACUAACCUGCUAUCAGGUGGUGCUGCAAAACUUGAAAAAGAGUUUAGGAAAAAACUAAAUGAGUUUUCCAAGGAACUUAGAACAUUCAGAAGUGUUGACUUGUCAGGUCGUAACUUUGGUGAUGAUGGUCUGUUUUUUCUUGCUGAAAGCCUUGGUUACAAUCAGGCAGCAGAGGAAGUUGAUUUUUCUGGCAAUGGGAUUACAGCAGUUGGCCUAAAGGCACUUGAUGGUGUUCUUCAGACGAAUACCAUGCUUAAAACUCUGAACCUAUCAGGAAAUAAUAUUGGAAUUGAAGGAGCUAAGAUGAUUUCUUUGACGGUAAAUGACAAAAUCCUUUAA